AUGACUUCUGCAUCAUUCCUCUUACUCAACCUCUUUCUCUUACUUAUAACCUCAAAUUCUCUUUCUUUGGCAUCGGUUUCCGUUCAACAAUCCAAAUUUUGGUCUCAAAAUGUAGACAGCAAUAUGCCUCAGUCUAUUCUCUCUAAAUUAUCCCCACUUUCUGAGAGCGAAGCAGAGAUGUUCACUCCAUUAGCAUCCAAAAAAUAUUUCUUGUCCAACCCCAAAUUCUGCACCACUGCCAAUUUGGUUUGCUCGGUUGCUGUCAAACCAUUACCUCCAACGAAUAUCAAUUAUGCUCAUUUCACUGAUAAAGUUUAUGUCCCUAUGGAACAAGUCCAUCCUGCGUCUUUGUUUAGGCUUUCUGUCAUAAAAAAAGGGCACAAAGUAACUCUCCCAACUAAUCUCGAUAGAGAACUCCCCAACCGCUCUUUUCUUCCUCCUCAAAUAGCUAGAAACAUUCAUCUUAGUGCGAGCGAGUUACAGAGAAUAUUUCCUACUGCCUUCUCUAUUCCUAUGACGAAGGCCGCCAUACAAUUGAGCCUUAGCCAUUGCGAUGCACCAACAGUGAAGGGAGAGAGACGCGGUUGUCUAAAGACACUGGAAGACAUGAUUCAAUUCUCUCGGGAAAGUUUAGGCUCAAAGCAUUUGGUUGCAUUGGCAUCAGAUUACACAAAAGGCGUGGGAAAUCAAGUGGUCAUGAUUGAGAAUGUUAAGCCUUAUAAGACUAAUAAGAUUGUCGCGUGCCAUGAGAUGUUCUUCCCUUUUGCCACCUAUUACUGCCAUAAGUUGCCUUCGACGCAAAUCUAUGCUGUGGAUGUGGUUAAACCUAACAAAAUAGGUACUACGAAUAAGAUGUUUGUAAUUUGUCACAUGGAUACCUCUGCAUGGGCACCUGAUCAUGUGGCUUUCAAGCUACUUAAGUUAUCUCCAGGGAAAGGAGAAGUGUGUCACUGGAUCACUCAAAUGGAUCUUAUUUGGGUUGGUUCCGACUAG